AUGGAUCUUUCAGAUGCCCUUAGUGAUUUUCCACAGCCCGGCCAGCCAGCCAACCCCACCUGGCCUGGGCAGCCUGCUAACCCAACCUGGCCUGGGCAGCCUGCUAACCCAACCUGGCCUGGUCAGCCAACCCAACCUGCCUGGCCAGGACAGCCAUUUCAACCACCUCAGCCAACCUGGCCUGGUCAGCCUGGACAGCCCGCAGCUGCGGGGUGGCCUGGACCGGCUCCACAAACCGGCCCUAGUGGUGCUCCUGAGCAAGUUCAAAAACCAUUAAUUGUGCCAUUUGACCUCCAUCUACAAAAUGGAGUAUAUAACAAGAUGCUUAUCACCAUCAAUGGAGAGGUCAAGCAAAAUGCUAAACAAUUCACUAUUGAUCUAAAUAAAGGAAAAGACAUUGCACUUCAUUUAAGUACCCGCUUCAAUGAAGACGGAAAGAAAGUGAUUUUGAGAAACAGUCUGAUUGGAAACAAGUGGGGCAAAGAAGAGAGAGAGAGCCCUUUCUUCCCUUUUGUCCCAGGAAAUCCUUUUGAGAUGAAGAUUUUGUGCACUACCACUGAAUUCAAAGUGGCAGUGGGCAAGUCUCACCUCCUGGAGUACAAACAUCGGAUCCGUGAGCUCAACCAAAUCAAAAGUCUUGGUAUCUACAAUGAUGUCACCCUCAAAUCUGUCAAUGUGGAGACACUGCAAUAAGAUCAUUAUUCUGUGAUAUCUGAAAGUUAUGACCCCUAUAUAUCCUACCAAGUUUCAGCCUUAUCUGCUGGGCCAUUUACCUCCAAUAAUCAACUUUCUUACUUAAAAAAACUAUGUGUGUCAGUAAGAGUUGAUAUUGACAAUAAGUGUAAGAGUGAUAUAAAUCUUCAUGUAAAUCAUGAUAGAUCCUGUUUUUCACAUGCUUGUGUUUAGUGCUAAAUGGUGUACCAUAGUUAUAAAGAAUUUACAACCUCUAUGUGGGGCUGUUAAACUGCCAGGGAGAAUUUGAAGACACUCCAGAAAAGAUAAUAUUUUACAGAAUACAGAGUGCAUUGUAUUGAUGCAUGAGAUAUUAGAAUAAAGUGUCAUUAUUUAUUCACCCACAAAGUCUGCUACAUUUCUAAGAAGAAUAAAGAUGAUGAAAAUGAUGUGAUAUUGUUGUUGCCAAUCAUAUGCACAAUUAAUAUGUAACUAGGAUUAAAAAGAACAACAGCAGAAAAGACAGCAACAAAUGUGAGUAGUGUGCCUUUAGUCAAAAUAUCUGUUUAUCACACAUGUACUGCCUGCAAUAUAAAUAAAAUAACACCACUUUAA